UAUAUUAAUUAGCCAAGUAAAAUAAGCUAUAAAUUUUCAUCCAUCAUACUAUUGUGUUUCAUCUUGUCUUCCAUUCUUCUCUCCAAGAAACUGCAAGGAGAACCUGUAUUCGUGAAGAAUGGGAGGCGGAAAAAAUAAACAUCUAGGUCAAUAUGGUUAUCCAGGGCAAUAUCCUCCACAACCCGGAGCUUACCCUCCACAAGCAUAUCCAGGAGUUAAUCCUUCGCAAGUGUAUCCACCUCUUCAAGGAUAUCCUCCUGCACCAGGAUAUCCACCGGCCGGUUAUCCUCCUGCACCAGGAUAUCCACCGGCUGGUGGAUAUUCUCCACAAGGGUAUCCACCAGCCGGUGGAUAUCCUCCACAAGGGUAUCCUCCUGUGGGUUACCCUCCUCCACACCAUGCAGGGCAUGGAGGCAUGGGAUUAGUAACUGGAAGCAUAGCCGCAGCGGCGGCUGCGUACGGUGCAGCACAUGGUGCUGCAAGUCAUGGACGGGGCGGCGGCUAUUAUGGACAUGGAAAAUUCAAGCAUGGCAAGUUUAAGGGUGGCAAGAAGUUUGGCAAGAAAUUCAAGAAGUGGAAAUAACCACUUCAGUUUCUGUGUAUAUCAUCCUCAUUUUGCAAUUCAAAUUCAAACUAGAUGAAUUCUUGUACUAUUGUUCCCAACAAUGAAUAGUACACGUCUUGUAGUUUAUUGACUCAUUUUUCCUUGAAAUUUUGCAACAUUAAAGUGUUUCAAAAUGAGUUUGAAUAAUAUGGCCCAAGU